AAUUUUUCCUAAUUUAAAGAUGAGUUAUUAGUUUUAAUAACAUAAUCGUUUAACUUUUAUUUUAAUUUAAUAAGUGAUAAGUUAGUUAAUCAUUAAAUAUAUAUACAUACAUGUUGUAAAUAUAUAUUUUAUAAUUAUGCUAAAUAUUUAUAUAUUUUAAUAUUAUACAACUAUAUUCUUAACUAAAGUAUUUAUACAUAACAAGCAUUAAAUAAUUAUUUUUAUCUUGAAAAUUACAAACAUUAUCACAGUGUAUAUAUAUAUAUAUAUAUAUAUAAAUAGUAAAUUAUCUGACAAGAUAAAAACUUAUUAAACUGUUAAAAAUUAAAGAAACAUGAAAACUAAAAUAAAAAUAUUAAAUAAUAAAACAAUGUGAUGUUAUUUGUAAAAAACAAUUCAGGGUUUGUGUCUUUCUAAAGUAAUUAUUUUCAACUUGAUUAUAGUGCAAUGGUGUGGAUAUAUUCACCGUACCUAGUUACUCGACAGCAUUGUGUCUAGGUUGCUGCAAAAAUAUGAUAGAAAGUGAUCUUUCUAGAAAACUAAGGAUUUCAAAGUUGAUUAAUGUUAUUUUAUAGUAUAAAAAUAUUCCAUUAACAAAUUUUUAUUAUAGUCAAUGAUAAGAUAUAAUAAUAGAACCAUUUAAUAUAAAUUAUUUGAUUAUCUACGUACAUUAACCAAUCUAAUAUAUAACAUCUACAAAAAAUUUGAUAGAAUAUCUUUUAUAAUAUAUAGAUGUUAAAUGAACGUUUAUCUAUUUUAUAAAAGGUAUUCUGUCAAAUUUUCUGUACAUAUUAGAUUGAUUAGUGUAAAUAAUUAAAUAUAUGUCAAAUAAACAAAUCGAAAAAAAAUUCAACUAAUUAUCCUCUAAUAUUAUACUUGAUAUAUAUUUAAUUAGACAAAAACUAAAGUUUAAGUUACUAAUUUAGUAUAUUAGUAAUAUGAAAUCCGUGCCAAAAAACAUUUUACUUUUUAUUUCCUUUAUGUCUACUUUUUAUUUUCCUUAUUUCUACUUUAAAGUUUCUUUCUUUUAAGUUUAAAAAUAAUUAUAUUUUUCUUUAUAAGUGUUACAAGUGUUAGAACUAUUUGGCAUAUAAAUCAAUUUGUGACUCAUAUAAAAGCAAAAAAAAACAUAGCAUAUAACAAAUGGAAGAAACAUGUAGCUUGUGAUUAUGUAAAAGCUGGCGACUAAAUGCUAGCUGCUUAUCCAAGUAACAUAACAUAAUCUUUUCAAACCAGAUAUUUUUUGAAUGUGACAUAUAUAUAUAUCACAACUCAAUUUUUUUUUUAAUUUUUUUUUCAUAAUAAUAAGAUGCAUGUGUUAAGAUGAUUAAUAUAGUGUAAUAAAAUUUAAUGCUAUUCUUACAUUAUUACCAAUCAAAAAAAUUCAAUCAGUUUUUAAUCAACAAAUUUCAUUAGAAAUCAUUAUAAAUUUCAAAUAUAUACAAAACUUACUUAUUAUUUUCAUUAUAGAGGUAUAUUAUACUAACGAACAUAAUAGUAUAUAUUGUUCUAUUGUUUUAAAAUAUAUACUCUCAUCAGUAUUUUGCAUCAGAGAUUGAAUUUAAAUUUACCGAACUUGACAAUGAAAAUGCUGGAAUAGAUUUGAAGAUAUAUUACGCUUUUUUUAUUUGUUUGAUUUGGUUAAAUGUUUUGACGAGUAGCUGAAGGAUGUACCCCUCUAACUUCUUUUCUUUUUUACCAUUGAUCAGGCUGGAACAAAAGCCUUGGAGGGGGUUAGUGUAGUGACUACUAAAUUAAACACCACUAAGCCGGUGAAACUAAAUAACAAAGAAAACAAAAAAAAGUUAAAAACAAGGGCUCUGAUCCAAGUUCAGUUGCAUAUAUUAAGACGACUGAUAGAACGAACGAACGAGUUUGCUUCUGCUCUUUCUUUGUAUAGAGGGUGAAACAUGUCAUUGAGAAUCCCAAGCCUCUUCAAUUUCACAGUCCACAAAUCCUCCGUUGGUUUGUCAAAGAGAGAUUUCCACAUGACCAAAACGUCAGACUCCAUUGCAUCUCUCGCAAACCCAUUCGCCUUUGAAACAGCCUUGGCACGCCUCAACUUCUUCUCUAUGUUCUUCAGCGCUUUGUCAAUACUAGUAGGCGUAAACUCUCGGCUUCCUUCUCUUACAAAGACGUCCAGAUCUCUGAUCCCCGCAUUAAUAUCCUCAAAAGACGCCAUGGCCAGUUUCCAAUGGACCGACGUGCCGCCGUCACGAAACACUCCUCCGUUCUUCGGUUUGAUAUGCUUCAAAUAGAAAUAGACGUAAUGAAAAACACGGAGAAGCCUCUCGAUCACAGGACUGUCGUGAUGCUGCCUCAUGUCCUUUUCAACCGCUAGCCAUAACCUUUCGCAGAACAACAACACGCUGCGGAUAUCAUCGCACACCAAGAACAUGGACUCGGCAGCGUAGAGCGAGAGCUCGACUCCGAGGCGCACAGCCUCCUCUGAGAGUCAAGGGCUUUCUAAAGAAACCAUGCGUCUGAUAUUUUGCGGUUUGUGAUGUGGGUAAUUAGGACACCAGUAUAUUAACAUCAUGGAUAUGAGGAACCUUAUCUCGUGUUUGGAACCGUCCGAGAAUAUCGUAAUAGUCUCCCUUUAGAAUUAUCUAUUUUAUAUUUAACCGGAUUCAACUAUAAUGCUUUUAGGUGUUAGCUUACGAUGAUUAUGGUGAAUUGGUGAUAAAUUAACUUUUUGAUUUUCUUAUAGUGAAAGUCGGCUACGUGCCUUUUUAUGGGUACAUUGUGGCCUCACACUUGUACACAUGUUAUAUAAACAAAGAAACAUGCGUAUAUAUGUGUGUUUGUCAACUGUCAGUUGUGUGUAAUAUAAAUUGUUACAAACAUAUAUAUGUGUGUGUAGGUGUAAUGUAUUGUUACAAACAUUUAAUGUGUGCAUGAGUGUAAUGUAUAGUUACAAAAAAUAUAUAAUUCUAAAAUUUAUCAUGUUUCUUUUCUUUGAUUAGAAUUCAAAAUCCCAUCUCUAAGAUACCAAUUACCAAAACUAAAAACAAGCCAAUAGAGGUUUUUCAACAUGAGUUUCUAAAAAUACAUCAGAUACUUUCGGUUGGUUUACUUAUAACAAAAUCAUGCUAUUAGGGCAUGAGCAUUGGUUAAUAAUUUUUGAGUUUCUCAAACUUUUUUUUUUUUGAAACUGGUUUUCUCAAACAGUAAAAUAAAGAAAAAAUAGAAAAAAUAAACGAAAAGUAAGAGAUACAAUGUUCAGCUUUUCCCAAAAGUACUCUCGUUUCUCCUCAAGAGCUUUUAAUGUCAUUUGUCAUUUUUUCCUUGAUUACCAUUUUUCUAAUAUUAAACUUUUUUUUAAAGAGACUCAACAUUGUUCUCACCAAUGCUGAUGGCCUAAUGGAAGUUUUUAGAUACUCACAAUUAAAUACUAAUACUAAUAUGUAUUUUUAGAAACGUAUGUUGAGAAAUCCCCAUUGGAUUACUCUAAUCAUUCUUUGAAGUAUACAAUAAUUAGUGUAUCCAUCCUGGUCCAUUGUUGACCCACCUCAAUGGUCAGUUUAGGGUUAAAGUAUGGACGCCAGACUUUGAUGAUGGUGAAAUAAUCAAAUCUUAGUAUAGCAAACUACAAAGUCGUAGCUUCUCGUACCCAAGCUAAAAAAUAUAGUUGUGUAUAAGUACACGCCUUAAUAGAGUGUACAUGAUAUCAAUCAUAAUAUUUGAAUUUGGUUGAGAUGAUGAGAAAGAAUAUACGCACAAAAAAGAAACUCAUUUCCCAUGCCAAUAUCAGCUUUUAAACAAGUAAAAUAGCAAGAGCAUCUCCAACAAAUAACUUCAUUUUGAAAGUGAAGAGUUUUCAGAAUUAGUGUUUCAGGGUGAGAUGCUUCAACAAAGAAUUUUAAAUUUAUCUUUAACCUUUUCUAUAUAUUAACAUUUUAAUCCCCAAUCUUCAUAAUAAUUAAUUAUAAACACUUAAAUUGAUAAAUAAAUAAUAAAUACACAAUAAAAAUGCAAAUCAUUAUGUUUAUAACUUAUAUAUAGAUAUUUUGAUUUCACCAAUUUUAUUAAUAAAUAAAUCUCUUAAAAUGUAUAUUAAAGAAAAUAGUUGUGAAUUGGUUAAACUACAUAUACAUAAUAUUUAAGAUAAUUUAAUUUAAAUUUAACAUAUUUAUAUAUUUUAUAUACAAACAAUAGCAUAUAUGUAAAAAUAUAUUUGAAUAUUUGGUCGAAAUAUAUUAUAAAGAUUAAAGUGUUACAAAAAUUAAUAAUAAUAUAAUUAAAUGUAAGUUAUAUAUUUAAAUGGCUAAAAUAGAAAAGUAAAUAAUGUUUUAAAGGACUGAAUAGUAGAAUCUCAAAUUUCUAAGAAUUUUGGAGUCUGUUAGAAAACAAAAAAACUGCAAAAUUCGAGGGUUGGAGGGUUAAACUAGCUCUUUAUGUUUUCUGAUACCUUCAGAAACCCAACAAAAGUACAAAACCUACGAGUAACAUUAUUUUAUUGAGAGGGGAACUCUCACAUCACAUGAUAGGCAGUAAAUAACAUUAUCACACAUAUAUGCUUCUAUAAUAUUCAUGUAAAAUGUCUAUAAAUAGACACACAAAUCGGCCAUACCUCCUCGCACACUCAUAAUCACUUCGGUCGACCGCUUUCUUCCUGUCGCCUUCCUCAAAUAUAUAAAACACAUCAUAAGAAUGAUGCAGUACCAAGAACUUGCUCUUCAAAGAAGCUUCAGCUUCAACUCAAGCAAGAUCAAUCCGGCCAACUCUCCCGCACGUGGCUUACACGCCCGUUCUCCUUCCUCGACCACUUUGAUCCCAACCAUCCCUCACCACGAACUCUUCCUCGUACCUUGCCGUAAUUGCUCCUCCUCAUCCUCCUCCCACCGACCAGUCUCCUCCUCUUCCUCCUCUAACAAAACCGUGAAAGUCACCGUGAAGCUCCCUUCCUUCUUACGUUCUCUCAUGAACCUCAUUAACCUCCCCACAUGCAACGUCCUCUCGCUUCCUUCUCCUCCAUCUUCUACCUCCAGCGUCUCUAACCAGCUGAUCUCGCUCGUCAGAGGUGGAUCCUCUUCCCUAGGGAGAAGAGUCACCGGAACGUUGUACGGGCACAGGAGAGGCCACGUCACGUUCUCGGUCCAGUACGGUCCGAGAUCAGACCCGGCGUUGCUCUUGGACCUAGCCAUGUCGACGGCAACUCUCGUCAAAGAGAUGGCGUCAGGGCUAGUCAGGAUCGCGUUGGAGUGCGAGAAACGUCACCGUUCCGGGACCAAGCUUUUCCAGGAGCCUAAGUGGACGAUGUAUUGCAACGGGAGGAAGUGUGGUGCGGCCGUUUCGCGUGGCGGCGCGUGUACCGAGUCGGACUGGCGCGUGUUGAACACUGUGUCUAGGGUUACGGUUGGAGCUGGAGUAAUUCCGACGGCGAAGAGUAUUGAUGACGUGUCCGGUGAUGGUGGUUUCGGUGGUGGAACGGAGCUUGGGGAGUUGUUGUAUAUGAGAGGUAGGUUUGAACGAGUCGUGGGGAGUCGUGACUCGGAGGCUUUCUACAUGAUGAACCCGGACAAAAACGGAGGUCCAGAACUCAGUAUUUUUCUUCUUAGAAUAUGAAUAUGUCUUAAUUGACGUAUUAUUUUAUACUUUGGAUCAAUUAUUGUUGUGUCGUGAAAUAUAUGUAAACGAUAGUGAGAAGGCCUAGGAGGUACGUACGCUAGGUUUUUUCUAAUUGUUUAUUAUGUGGUGUUUUUGGGGUGUUCUUUUGGCAGCAAGUUUUGUAUUUUUGUUACGUGUAAUAAUAAGUACGUGGUUGAUUAAGUGCAAGGCAUGAAGAUCCCCACAUGGUCCGUCGUGAUUAAUGCCAAGAUUAAGAUUUUUGUUGUCUUUUACGUAAAACACAGCGAGGUUUAAAUUAUAUAAGAAGUGGGGUUGCUCUUCUCAGUUGUAACGUGUAACUAGGGAUGUCAAUUGGACGGACUGGGUGGAUUUGGGCGUGUCCAGAUGGGCUUAUUUUUUUUCUGGGCGUUUUUGGUCGAGCCUAAAUAGCACCAUAUCCAAAUAGGACCAUGUCUACAUAGGACCAUGACCAGAUGGACUGUCCAUGGAAUCCAAAUGUCCAUUUAAUGUAAAAUAUCUAAUUUACAAACUUAAAAAAUGAACAUACUAGAAAUAUCAUAUAUAUAUAUAUAACAUCUUAAAUUUACUUAAAUUUCAUGUUUUACAAAACAUACUUAAACUUAAAUUUCAUGUUUCACAAAAGAUAUUUAAAGUUUUAAGCUUAGACUUAAAAUCCAUAUUUUACAAAAGCCAAAAGGUACUUAAAUUAAGAGUUAGUGUAUUUAUUAUGAGAGACGGAGAGGAGAGUCUAGAUGGAGAGACACAUCUCGAGAGAUGAAGAGACGAGGCGGAGAGACACUGAUCGAGAGAUGGAGAGACGAGACGGAGAGACACUGCUCGAGAGAUGGAGAGACGAGACGGAAAGGCAAGUCAAGACUCGAGAGACAAUUGUGAAUUUGUGAUUUCAGAUUUUUUUUCCCCAAAUACUAACCCUAGAUAUUUUUAAAAUAUGGACGUAUUUGGGCGGCCUAUGUUCAUUUGGUUUUGUCCAUUGGACUUUGGACGUAUCUGGGCAUAGUCCAUUUGGACAGAAAAUAUUUCGGGCAGAUUUGGGCGUGACCAUAUUAGUCCAUAUCGAUUUGGACAUGGGCCGCCCAUGGACAAUGUGCCCAAUUGACAUCCCUACGUGUAACAGUCAAUACGCAACCAAACACCUUUUAUGUUUUGAUUCAAGAUAUAGCACAUGUUUAAAAAGAAAAAAAUUGAAGCGCGGAUAUAACACAUUAGACCAUCAAAUUAACGAGUUACAACUUGCAGGCUGUAUAAAAAAAUAAACAUAAGUUUUCACUUUUAUAUGGAUGAAUAAAUUUAAAACAAAAUGUAAAUUAGAAAGAUAAAUUUAUAAACAUACGUACGAGAGUUUAGUUUGCUAACAUGAGUGCAUGUAAAAUGAACAUUAAAUGAAUAUUUCGGGUUCUAGAUUGAGUUUCGGUACACGGAUGUCAUAUAGAAAUAUACAUAUGAAAUAUAAAAACAACCGGAAAAUAGAGGAGUGGAUUACGAAAAAGUUGGUGGGAAAGAGCGUAAACCCCAUAGGGUUUGGCUAUUGGUCAUCAAAAUGUCAAAACUCUUCAACGUCAUCAAAGCCAAAAAAUAGCUUUUUGGAAAGUUUCCUUCAUUCAGUUUUAGGACCACAUCUUUUUGUCUUUGGUACACAUAUUUAUGAUUUUAUAUCAUUUAUGGGGCCACAUUUUGCCAAAAUCCCUUUUAGGAAAGUUUCCAGACUAGUUGAUGAUAUUUGUGUUGGAUCCACAAGUACAAUCAUCAUUCCCCAAGUGUAGCAUCUGUGAUUCAAACUGAUUCGGUAAUACUAUAACAACACUCUUCUAACCGGUUGAUAGCAAACCAUACUUGACUACAUACAAAAGAAUACAUCACUAGUGCUUCUGGUUUGUUUUUUUGGGUCUCAACAGAUGAUCAACUCCUAGUAGAUGUAUUUCUUACUAGUUAAUAGUUACAUGAUGUUUUGCUAAACAAGCUAGUUUUUUCUGUUUCAAAUUAGUAAAAAAAUAAGUAUUCUAAAUAUUAAGAACGUUGGCAAGAAUUAGUGGGCUACGUAUUAAUCAUGCACAUACCCUAUAUAUAUGAAUAUUAAAAUUGAUAAGUUAUUAACUGAUUUACGUGUACAUAUGGUCCAAUACGUAUACGCGUCAUAGCUAGAUUAGAUAAAGCAGAUCAUGUAGAGACAGAAAGGUAGAGGUUGCAGUUAUGAGUUUCCCAUAAAAAAGGAAGCAAUGGUCCAAAAAAAUUGUGAAGGAGAUGCAUGUGAUAGGCUGGUAGCUUUCUGAGUUAACUGCAAAACGUUCAACACCAUCCCGAAAAUGCAUGUGUUAACAAAACUAUUUCAGUAUGCAUGUGCUAACUUUUUAUAUUAAUAGCAGCUCAAUUUCCAAAAAAUACAUUUAACAUUAAUAUAUACAGUUCCAAAGUAGCUUCUCCACAGACCGAUUCGAAAGAUCUUUGCCAUAAUCGGGUUUGUCGUUCACUUUCUACUUUAUUUAACAACUACGCAUGCAUAUAUAACUUGUGUGCACCGAAACAAAAUCAAUUAAAAUGCUCAAACAAAUGAGAAACUAUAAAGUCUAGUAGACAAUUAGUAGUAAUAUCUUCCCAUCAUUUACUCGUACUUAAAUUUGGUAACUGACGGAAAAAAUAUCGUAAGGUAGUGUGGCUAGCUAUAACUAGUGCUAUCCAUCUUUAACUGAUGUAAUUAAACGAUACCUUAUCCGUACAUAUAAUACAAGUUAUUUCAUUAUUGAAUAUAGCUUGCAUAACCUGGUUACAGAUACAACACAUCAUGAACAUGAACAGUGAACACAUGCGCCACCUUAACGAUUUUAAAAUUGACGCUUUUUCUUUGGGCAGAUCUAAUCUGUGUCGUGUACACUUCUGUCUUCGUAUGAACCUCAUCUCUCUCUAUAUUCUUAUGAGAACGGAUCUCUACGCGACAUUUCUAUAAAUAUAUAUUUUUUCCAAUAAAAAAUAUAUUGUCUAGUGAAAAGUUAAAGUAAUUAGCAUACAAAAGAAUAUUAAACUAAAAUUUAUAUAUAUAACAAAUUUUGAAAAGAAAAUUACAGCAACGGUUUCUAAUAUUGUUUCAUUUGAUUGUUAAAGGAAUUAAAACAAAAAAAAAUUAAUGAUUUAAACAAGGCGAUGUAAUUUUACAUCUGUCAAAAUACUAAUUUUUGAUAAAUAUUAAUUUGUUAAAAAGAAAAUUAUACUCUCUCCGUUUCAAAAAAAUACAUGUUAUAGAAAAAAAAUUUGUUUCACAAAAAUGUAUUUUUUAUAUUUUCUAAAUUAGGAAAGUAAUAAUGAUACGAUAUGAAAGAAUUGGAUGAUAUUUGUGACAUGAUAUAUUUUAUAUGAAAGUAUAAUUUAUUAAAAUAGACAAACAAUAUUUUAUAAAUAAAUAUUAUAUAGAAAAACAGCGAAGUAUAAAAAUUUCACUUCGUGAUAAAAAAAAAUUGACAGCAUUUCGUGAUAGUCAAACGAUUAUAAAUUAAAUAUUUAAAUAUUCAUAUAAAAAUCACAUGUCACAUAAAGGAAUUAUGAAUCCUAUAACAGUUAGGAAAACAAAAAAAAAAAAAAACUAAAUUACUAAAAGAACAGUUUGCUAUGUGCACUGCACACCAUUGUUAUUUGCCUAUGUUAUGUGAUCGUACUGUUUGGCCUAAUUGGUAAAUACGUUUUAUGAAAACUGUUAUUUUUUUUUCUUUUUGACGUCGAUGAAAACAAUUCCUACAAAUAUUUUUCUUUUCUAUCUUAUAUCGUGAAGGAUAAAUAUGUUACUAUGCAGUACGAUAUCUGACAAACGGCAGGCAUUAUAAUAUUGUGGAGCAAUGCGCUUUUUUGGCUGGCAAAUCUGAGUUCUACAUUGUUUAUGAUUAAUUAAUCAAUGUUUAUAGGGCUCCACUUAUAUAAUUAAAUAAUUAAUGAGUGUUAAUACUAAAUAUAAAAAACAGAAAAAUACAAUUAAAAAACAGAAAGAUUUACAUUAAUUUAUUUUGAAUUUGGAUAUUUUAACAUGGAUUACUUCUUGAUAAAAUAGUGAAACUACUGUAACAUGUAUAUCUAGUGGUUAUAUAGUGGAUCCAACAUAAAAGAGAAAUCACUUCGGACAAAAGAUGGUAAAUCAUGAUUUUCGGGUAAUCUAACCUAUACUAAAAGGGUUAUAUGAGCAUCAGAGAGUGUGUCCACGUAGGACAAUUAAAUCAUCCAAUCAGGAGGCUUCUCUACGACACGUCAUACACGCGAUGACCAAAGGCGAUUCUCGGCCCCUUUUCUUUUCGUCUUCUCCGCCGAUCUUCGUUUCAAUCCCCUCUCCAUUUUUAAACACGAUCUAAUCUCAUUAAUGGAGUCUUUUGGCUUUCUCAAUCUGAGAUUCUAUAUAUAUAGAUCUCGCACUCCAUCUCCUCUCUUCACCAAAUCUUAUUCCCUCCUCACGAUUAUACUAUACCCUCGGUGAUGAUGUUAUCCGAUGUUUCCGAGUUAGUGAAAACGAGCUGUGACGCUACGGUUCCCCGUUCCAGUCAAACCCGUCAAUCAAACCAGUGUCUCUUCCGACGAUGACAAAGCCGGCGAUGUCAUUUCCGUGAAAUCAGCAGGUCUCUCUGCAGCCUCCUCCGGUCCGAGCAAGUCAAUCGGCAAAACCGGUGUUUCUGCCGGCCUGGGCAUCGGCGCUAAGGACAAAUCCUCUGUCUCUUCCCGCGAGGAUUUCUUGUGAAGAUCUCUGUUAAUAACAAGCUUUAUCGGCCGGAGACGCUGCUUCUAUCUUUGAGGUCAUAUGAUGUUGUUAAGGCCCGAAUUUUCUUUCUUAUCUGGCUAUUUUCGAAUUCCGAUAAUCUGAUUGAGCUUUGUUUUGUUUUUUUUUCGUCAUAACAAGUUUGGAUCAGACAAGGUCAUAAUUGAUGGGCUACAGAUCUUCAACAUGGUCUGAUUCAUAUUUUUUUUUAGAUUCAACAUCUAAUAGCUCUAUCUCCCCACUUCCCCUAAUUCUAUUGUACGUGUAUAUUUUCUUUAAUGGAAGUGUCCAUCUCUUGCCAUGGAUCACGUUUACGUGGUAUCUUCCCAUUUACACAAAUAACCAUUCCACAAGAAUUUUUUAAUCUUUCCACCGAUUGCUGUAACAUCCCACAAAUUGAUUACUAUGAAAUAUGAGGAUUCAAUGCAUCUAUCACGGACUAUACUGCAGGGAGCAAUGGUUUGUGUAGGAGACAAGAAAAUGAGGCUGGAUUCUUCUUCCAUCUAAUCAGGAGCCAAAAGGCGAGCUCCAGAGGAUGGAAAAUCUAAUUAUUUGGGGCUGUUCUUGGCUGAAAUAACUUGGGCAGGAUUCCUUCGGACGUGCGGUCGGCAUGAGUAAGUUUAACUUUGUCUCAUUUGUUUGUUAGGAUUGCAGAGCCUGGUUUGUUAAUCCUCGCUCCUUUAUUACCUAAGUUUCUGCUCUAUUGAACAUAAUUACAUUUUUUUUUUCUGGACAUUGAGAGCUCAUGAAGAAGUCAAGUUUAAGAUCAAUGGUUUAGUUGAGACUGCACCAAAAGUUCCUGAAAAAGUGUAGAAUAUCCACUACGGUACUCCUUGGCCCGGUAAUAAUGUCUUCCUUGGAAACAAAGGUCUUAACGAUGUAGAAAACUACGAGCUGCCUAGGCUGGUUUAUGUUCUCGUGAGGAGAGUGCCCAGGUCUGACAUAAAUUUAUUGUAUUCAGUUGAAGAUACGACUCUCUGGGGUUCUAUCAAAUAGUCUUUAUCUUCUGAAUGAAUGUAGAGUGUGGUUACUACAUUAACAAUACCAAAGCUCUUAGAUCAGCAAUAUGUUUCCCCAAGAAUCCGUAGUCGGGAAAAAGAUUUGUUAUGUUCAAUUCCCUCAACAAGAAUUAUUAUUUGCAGCAGAUGAAAACAAGGUUUUCAUGACUA